AUGGCGGCUAUGAUGGAGCGAACGCUCGGGCUAAUGAAACCAAAGGGAUUAGUACCCAAGGAUCAGAGCGAAACGAAGGGGAUGGUCACUCAGCCCACUUCUGAGAUUUGUCCACGUGGUGGCCUGUGUGACGGGCUGCUGCAACUGCUGCUGCGGUCGCUGCUGCUGAGGGCGGCCGACGCCGCCUGCCCCGCCUACAGCGUCCUCGCCGCGCGCUCGGAGCUGGUCCGCUGA